ACCUUUCAAACGGACUCCAUCUUCGUUUUUGGAUUGUAACUCAAAUGGUUUCAGUGUGUCCUAUGCCCGUUAAGUCAACCUCAGCAAGACCAGAAACGUUUGCCUCAAUUUUUAUCGAAUCGUAUCCCGGGAGACGUUGUGCCUAUUAUUCGUAAUCUCGUCAACAUUAAGCCUGGAAAAAUUUCUUGCUUUCUGGGUUCCUGUGUAUUGAUGCUAAUAUGGCCGCCCAAAGUCUGGAGCAGGAUACAGUUGGCUCCGUGGCCCGGACGUCCUACCUUCUCUUUGGAAGUAUCCUAGAGGGCGUGCGUUUCGUGGAUCCCAUGGUCACUGUCGUCACUUAUGGCAUCGCAGCAAUGAAGCUACUUUAUCAGGUCCUCGUCUACAUGAAAGUGCUCACACCGUACCCUGGCCUAGAGGACCUUAUAGAAUCGACGAGUGCACUUGCGCCUGCUGCGGAACAGAACGACACUUCUAUCCUGGAAAGCCAUCUUAAGCAGGCGAUACGCGUCCUGAGCGUGAUGGAACAGGGGAUUGAUUUUUUCCAGUGAGAUGAGCGAAAACUUUUAGAGGCACUAAUUGUAUGUGUGUAUAUAUAUAUAUAUAUAUAUAUAUAUAUAUAUAUAU